GGGUAGACCGAAGUAACGCUUUUCGGAGAAGGAGAAGGCGCGAGCGGGGGUAGAGGGACGUCCGUUAGACGGAGAGCCGCAGUUUUAGCUUUAGUUUUUUUCUCCUUCCUCGGUUCACGAAAAUAGGAAGACGAAAAGCCUUAAAAACCAACAAACAAGAGCGAAUAAAAAGUCGAAAUAGAGAGGCGUGUGUGAGACCCUUGACCUAAGCGUUAGCUGUGGUCCUCGAGCGAGCUAAGGCAGGCUGUGUCCGAGAGUGUCCGAAAAUCUGACCGAGAAGACACAGACAGGGAGGGAGACAUGGCUACGACGACCUGCACUCGAUUUACGGAUGAAUAUCAGCUAUACGAAGAGCUCGGGAAGGGAGCGUUUUCAGUGGUGAGGCGAUGUGUAAAGCUGUGCACAGGCCAAGAGUACGCUGCCAAAAUCAUCAACACCAAAAAACUGUCGGCCAGAGAUCAUCAGAAGCUUGAACGGGAGGCUCGAAUCUGUCGACUGCUCAAGCAUCCAAAUAUCGUUCGACUUCAUGACAGCAUAUCAGAGGAAGGCUUUCACUACUUGCUGUUUGACCUGGUGACAGGGGGAGAGCUGUUUGAAGACAUUGUCGCCAGAGAGUAUUAUAGCGAGGCCGAUGCCAGUCAUUGCAUCCAGCAGAUCCUGGAGGCGGUGCUUCACUGCCAUCAAAUGGGCGUGGUGCACCGAGACCUGAAGCCAGAGAACCUGCUCCUGGCCAGUAAGUGUAAGAACGCUGCAGUGAAGCUGGCUGAUUUUGGUCUGGCCAUUGAGGUGCAGGGAGACCAGCAGGCAUGGUUUGGAUUUGCAGGGACACCAGGGUAUCUGUCCCCUGAGGUGUUGAGGAAGGAGGCAUAUGGAAAACCCGUGGACAUCUGGGCCUGUGGUGUGAUUCUUUACAUUCUACUGGUUGGUUAUCCUCCAUUCUGGGAUGAGGACCAGCAUAAACUCUAUCAGCAGAUUAAAGCUGGGGCUUAUGAUUUUCCAUCUCCAGAGUGGGACACAGUCACACCUGAAGCCAAAAACCUCAUCAAUCAGAUGUUGACCAUCAAUCCAGCCAAGAGAAUCACAGCCCAGGAGGCUCUUAAACACCCAUGGGUCUGCCAACGCUCUACAGUGGCCUCCAUGAUGCACAGACAAGAGACAGUGGAGUGCCUGAAGAAGUUCAAUGCCAGGAGGAAACUCAAGGGUGCUAUCCUAACUACCAUGCUGGUGUCCCGAAACUUCUCCGUGGGUAGCAGGCAGACCACGGCUCCGGCCUCGGUCACUGCCGCCGCUGCUGCCGUUGCUGCAGCAGCAGGCACCACAGCAGGGCUGGUGGAACAAGCCAAGAGUUUGCUGAAUAAGAAGGCUGAUGUUAAGAAGAGGAAGUCAAGCUCUACUGUUCAGUACAUGCCCCAGAGCAACAGCACCAAAAACAGCAUAGUCACGAGCCCCAAAGGAAACCUUCCCUCUCCUGCACUGGAAGCUCAGACUACUGUUAUACAUAAUCCAUUGGAUGGGAUUAAGGAAUCGACUGACAGCAGCAAUGCCACAGUGGAGGAUGAAGACAUGAAAGCUUCCACCAAGCUCUCGGACCUCCUAGGUGUGGUACGCAGGGGCUCAGGCCCUGCGGCUGAUGCUGAGGGAAGCGCCAGUACCCCCUCCCCUACCCCCCAAACCCCCAACAUUCCCAUGCAGAUGUCGCGUCUGACAGAUCUGAUGAGCAGCGUGCGCAAGAGUUCAGUCCCGCAGGCUGAUGCUGAUUCAGCUACACCCAGCCGACCCCACACUGCCCCGAACCCUGUUCCUGCUCCAAUCUCUGUUUUGGUCCCAUCCCAAUCCUCCCCUCCUCCCCCACAGCCCUCCUCCAGCCCUCUGCCUUCACUACACUCACGCAAACAGGAGAUCAUUAAAAUCACAGAGCAGCUCAUUGAGGCCAUAAACAAUGGAGACUUUGAAGCUUAUGCUAAAAUCUGCGAUCCUGGUUUGACCUCAUUUGAGCCUGAGGCUUUGGGAAAUCUGGUGGAGGGCAUGGAUUUUCACAGAUUCUACUUCGACAACUUAUUGUCUAAGAACAGCAAGCCCAUUCACACCACCAUCCUGAACCCUCACGUGCACCUGAUCGGCGAAGACGCCGCCUGCAUAGCCUACAUCCGCCUGACUCAGUAUGUGGAUGGGCAGGGUCGGCCAUGCAGCAGCCAAUCAGAGGAGACAAGGGUGUGGCAUCGCCGGGACUCCAAGUGGCAGAAUGUUCAUUUCCACUGCUCGGGAGCUCCCGCUGCUCCACUGCAGUGAAGGAACAGCUUGUUGUAGCCACAUGCAAGAAGAGCAUCCAGCCAGAGAGGGAGAGAGAAAGGAAGGGAGAGGGAGGAAGGAAAAGAAGUCCAGUGUCAGUGCCUGAUCCUUCCACACUGGGCUCCGCCCUUCACCUGUCAAUCAUGUCUCUGUGCAAUGUCCACCCCACCCCCCUCCCUUGUUCCCCCUCCCAGUGUGUUGCCACAGCGUGCUGUAUGUGAAUGAGCCGAUCGAGACGAUCUCCGACUGUCCGUGCCGUGUCACGCUUUCUCUCUCUCACCGUCUCCGUGUGAAUGACAAGCCAAUGUGUCGACCUAUUUUUAAUAUUCUAAUUCAUAUUAUUAUCAUGGAUAUUCUUAUGUCGUUUAUUAAUAUGAUUACUACACAGAAGCAAUCGUGUGUCAUUUGUACAUAUUUUGGAUGCUAGUGGUUUCUGAGUUAAGCAUUCUUUCUUUUUUUCCUUUUUGUUUUUUAUAUAGAUAGCAUGACACUCGGUGUAUCCACGGUGGUUGUUUCUAUAGUAACAGGGGCGGCGAGUUGAAGCACGGCGUUUUAAGUGUGGAAUGAUUCGAAUCUCGACUACACACUUGGCCUGCAUGAAUGGGGUGUGUGGGGGUAGAGCUAAACAGUGCGAUACACAGCGAUGUGUUUGGGGUCUUCCAGUCUCGUGCCCUUUUAAACAAGGUGAAAAGAGCACAGAUUAUUCAGCGUCGCUUCCAGCUCUGCUUAUCUGCCCUUCGUGGCCCGGGGCGGUUGGGGCUUAUCAGACUUCACAGCGAUUGCGAAGGAUCUAACAAAAGAAACAUUACAAAAUAAUCUCUGUGUAUGAUCUCAGCAGCUCUGACACUGACUGCAGUAUCAGUAUUAAAACAGCCCUUCAAACAUUUCUCUGUUACUCAGCUGAGCCAGGUACUGACCUGUAUUACAGACAGUGUGAGUGUGUUAGUGUGUGUGUAUCAGUAGCAUGCCAGCUCAAAUCGCAUUAUAAGCCAUAAAUCCAGCUGAAGGUGCUACAUAUCACUCUAGCCUGCAUCCACCCAGGUCUUGUCCUAACAGCACAAAUAUUACAUGGGUUUCUUGUACCAGCUCGAAGCUGAUGCGUGACUGAAAGACUGGUUUAUUGAGGCUUAUUAUGUGACGAUUUAUGGGAUUUGGAGCUGCAAAUUUUACAUACGACAGAAGUGCAGACUGCGAGGUUUUUUUUUCUUUUGUGUGUUUUUAAUAUAAAAUUUUGACACAGUGAUCAGGAGUGUAAACAUCAUGUGUUUAAGUAUAUAUUUUAGGGAUAAGGUUAAAUACAGUUAAGGAUAAAAAUGUAGUUCUAUAUAUAUAUAUAUAUAUAUAUAUAUAUAUAUAUAUAUAUAUAUAUAUAUAUAUAUAUAUAUAAAUCAUGAAAUAUUUACUUUUUUUUCUUCAAAGGAUUGUUUGUACUUGAGAGUAAGUAGUGAUGCCAGAAGUGAAUGGAAGAGCUGAGGAUAGGCUGCGGAUAAGGUAAUGUUAAGUGGAAAACUUAUAGAAGAGAUACGUCAGGGAAUAUUUCUUCCCUAUUAUUAGGAGUAAGAAAUGUUUUUCUAAUGAAGUGUACCUAAGAAAGAUAAAAUAUAUAUCGCAUUCAGAAGAGCCGGACCAUACGCCGGUGUUGCUUUUUUUUUUUUUUUUUAUCACUCCACCCCGAGUGUUUUGGAGCUCCAGACGAGCGUGAGGGACUCAAAUACGAGAAAAACCUCGUGAUCAGGCGAACGGGAAAAACCUUUUGUCCUUGAAACGAGGCUUUUUCAGAUUCUUAUUUCAUCGUUUGUGCCCUCAGGUUUUAUUUAUUUAUUUAUGUAUUUAUUUAUUUAAGUAUAUUUUACUUUUUUUUUUGUCAUGCUUUUUAACUUCCGUCCUUUGUACAGCUUUUAUUAGUCACAAUUUUUCACUCCUUUUUUUUUUCUUCUCCAUUGUUUUAAAGUGUAAUAAUAAUAAUAUCAGGCUUGAGUGAAUAUUAUCUUUGAACUUUACAACUUUGAUGGGCACUUUCCCCCCCAAAAAAAGUCUCUUACAGAUCUUACAGUGAAUCAUCAAAAAAAAUAUAUAUAUAAUAAUAAAAAAAAUAUUUAUAUAUAUAAUAUAAAUACAAAAUAAUAAAGGAGUUCUGUUUGGGAACUGGAGCGACCCCUAAGGCAGUGAAGCUGGGUAUCUGUUUUUGGCUCUAGUGCUGUGUUUCAGGCCGAGUGUAUUUUAGAGUUGAUUCUUUGUGGAUCCCUUUUGUGUCCCACUCUGGAUGGCUCAUUAUGUCUCUUGUAUUGACACAAAGUGAUAUGAGACUAAUACAUAUGUUUAUAUGUGUGCUAUAUAUAAAAAAAUAAUAAUACCCCCACCAGUUCACUCCAUGAAUAUAUAAAUAUAUAUAUAUAUAAAAAAAAAACUUAAACAAAACAGCAUGUAACUAAUGUUCUUUGUGUGUUUACCAUUGAAAAUACUCAUGUAAAAUAAGUGAUGCACAUUAUUACUAUUAAACCGGACACACAGUAUUAAAGCGGCAGUUUACUAGCAUUUUAGCCGGACUUUCUUUGCAUGACGAGUCACUCAAACACGAAGUUUGAUGUUCCUUUUCGUUCUUUUGUUUCGGGGUCAUUUUCAUUUUCUAUUGAAUGCUGGUUAACGUUUUCUCUUCUCAAUUUUCCAAGCUUUAUAAGUGCAUAACAAAAUAUUUUUGUCUCGAGAUGAAGAUUAUGUAAACGAAACAGGUGUAAUAACACUGAUGAGAUUAAGAUGAUAAAAUCGGUGAUAUUAUAUCAAAGCAUGCUUUUGUAUUCAAGCUCUCUGUUGUCAGUGCAGGUGGCAGUGACACGUCUGAACGAACAGGAACCGAAACUGAGGACCGGAUUUGCGUUCAGCAUGAAGAAUUGCUUUACUCUGUUGGAUAGACACUGAAGUAAUUAUAGUGGUUGUGCUUAAUACACUUAGAUCUGUGGAGUGGAAUCCCAGUUGCUGUAAUUCAUCAGGGGAGUAGAGAUUAUAGACGUACUUGCUUUCCAGCUGCGUCUUCAGUUCCUCAUCGGCAGAGAUGUGCGAGUUACGCAGUCAAUUUAUUUUAUUUUUUACCUGCACUGACAAAGCAAACACUCGACUCGGUUGUUUUAGUACCGUACCGUUUCACUCUGUUCCUGAUUCCCUGCCGUUCUUUCGUUUCACCUAGUUGCUCUGAAGUUGAAGUCUUCAUGGUAGCCUGCUGUCAGUUUUGGGUUCCUGUAUAAGAUAUUAUACUCUUUUAUUUCUCUGAUUAUUCUUACUCUUAUUGUUGCUCUGUUCUCAAACUUGCUAUGUGUUACCUGACUUAAGGAAAUGUGUUCAAGUGUUCUAAAUAAAAAUGAAGAUUUAAAUAGGA